CCGGUUAAGGCGCUCUGCGGCAUCGUGUGACGUCAUUGGGGCGUGCCUUCGGAGGCGAGCGAAGGGAGGGACCAAGGCCAAGAGCUGCACCGUUACGCCACUCACGCUUGCGGAAGAACUAACGGGACAGCCGGGCAAGCCAAUCGUAACCAGUCCUCUGGAGGCAAGGAGACUGGGGUGGAGACUUCGGAGACUGCAGUUGCAGUUCUAAGAACGGAUGGAAUUGGCUAUGGAUAAUUCAUAUGAUUUCAGUCAACAAAGCUCAUGUAAUGGAAUUCCAUCUGAGAAGAAAAACAACUUCCUUGUGUCAGAAGAUCAUGGACAGAAAAUCUUAAGUGUACUACAGAAUUUUAGAGAACAAAAUGUCUUUUAUGAUUUCAAAAUAAUCAUGAAAGAUGAAAUAAUCCCAUGUCAUCGUUGUGUGUUAGCAGCAUGCAGUGACUUUUUCAGGGCUAUGUUUGAAGUAAACAUGAAAGAAAGAGAUGACGGAAGUGUUACCAUUACUAAUUUGUCCUCCAGAGCAGUAAAAGCGUUUCUCGAUUAUGCCUAUACUGGGAAAACAAAAAUAACAGAUGAUAAUGUGGAAAUGUUCUUCCAGUUGUCGUCAUUUCUUCAAGUUUCCUUCCUAUCCAAAGCUUGCAGUGACUUUUUAAUAAAAAGUAUGAAUCUUGUCAAUUGUUUACAGUUAUUAUCUAUAUCAGAUAGCUAUGGCUCUACCCGUUUGUUUGAUCAUGCAUUACACUUUGUACAACAUCAUUUUUCUUUAUUAUUUAAAUCCAGUGAUUUCUUAGAGAUGAGUUUUGGAAUACUGCAAAAAUGUCUGGAAUCAGAUGAAUUAAAUGUUCCCGAAGAAGAAACAGUACUGAAGGUCGUCCUUAGUUGGACUAAACAUAACUUAGAAUCAAGGCAAAAGCAUCUGCCUCAUUUGAUUAAAAAAGUAAGAUUGCAUCAGUUAUCUGAGGAGACACUUCAAGACUGUCUGCUCAGUGAAGAGUGUUUACUCAAAAGCACAAACUGUUUUGACAUAAUCAUGGAUUCAAUUAAGUGUGUACAAGGUUCUGGUGGACUUUUCCCUGAUGCCCGACCAUCCACAACUGAAAAAUAUAUAUUUAUUCACAAAACUGAGGAAAAUGGAGAAAAUCAAUAUACAUUUUGCUAUAAUAUUAAAAUGGAUUCAUGGAAAAUACUGCCACAGUCACACCUAAUUGAUUUGCCAGGAUCUAGUCUGUCUAGUUAUGGAGAGAAAAUAUUCUUGACAGGUGGUUGCAAAGGGAAGUGUUGUAGAACAAUUCGACUUCAUAUUGCUGAAACAUACCAUGAUGCCACUGAUCAAACCUGGUGCUACUGUCCAGUCAAAAAUGAAUUCUUCUUGGUAUCAACUAUGAAAACACCAAGAACGAUGCAUGCAUCAGUUAUGGCUCUCAAUAGAUUAUUUGUUAUAGGUGGAAAGACUAGAGGAUCUCAGGACAUUAAAAGUCUCUUAGAUGUUGAAUCUUACAACCCUCUUUCCAAAGAAUGGAUAUCUGUUAGCCCGUUACCCAGAGGCAUAUACUAUCCAGAAGCAAGCGCAUGCCAAAAUGUCAUUUAUGUUCUUGGAUCAGAGGUAGAAAUUACAGAUGCCUUUAACCCAUCACUUGAUUGCUUUUUUAAGUACAAUGCUACAACUGAUCAGUGGUCUGAACUAGUAGCAGAGUUUGGGCAGUUUUUCCAUGCAACACUGAUUAAAGCCGUCCCAGUAAACUGUACUCUGUAUAUAUGUGACCUUUCCACCUAUAAGGUUUAUAGUUUUUGUCCAGAUACUUGUGUUUGGAAGGGUGAAGGAUCUUUUGAAUGUGCAGGCUUUAAUGCAGGUGCAAUUGGAAUUGAAGAUAAAAUUUAUAUAUUAGGUGGUGAUUAUGCACCAGACGAAAUCACUGAUGAAGUGCAGGUCUACCACAGCAGCAGGUCUGAGUGGGAAGAAGUUUCACCAAUGCCAAGAGCCUUAACUGAAUUUCACUGCCAGGUGAUUCAGUUUAAUAAAUACAGGGACCCAUGGUUUUCUAAUCAUUUCUAAAAGUAGUAUGUGCUUCGAUAUUCUAAAAUUAUUCCAGUUCUAGUAACCUACAGUAAAUUUGUUAACCAUGAUUGGUAAAAAGGUCUUAAUAAAAAUU